AUGCCUCAGAGGCAGGAACGCCAUCGACGCCGUCAUUCGAGCAAAGACGAGCAACCCUAUAUUAUCCUCGUCCAAGAUAUUCCACGCCACUGCCGAUGGCAAGAGCUCAAGGACAUGACACGAAGUCUCGGGGGUGAACAGAGCUUGAAAGCUGAAGUUUUCAAUGUUGGAGACGGAACCCAGCUGGGUCAUUGCACCAUCAAGGGAAGGGCCGACGCCGUCAAGGUCUAUGAGAACCUCUGCACUCAGGGGUGGAAUGGCUACCGUGUGCGUGUCAAGUUGGUUGCCCAAGAGAAGGACGGGAGCUUGAGAAAAAUCGAGGGACCCAAGGAAAGCAAUGGGAUCGUCCCCUCUGAGAGACCAGCCGGACUUUUCCAUCCAACCCUACCAGGACCUGCUGCGACGGCACGGUCUUCUGCAAACCCUCUCUACACGACCUCUGCUCAUCCGCCAGCGUCCAUGAGCUACACUACACAGUAUGCAACCAUGACUUCCUGGGCUGGUCAACCAAGCGUGCCUUCACUCACUCCCACCCUAGCUCCUACUACGAUGGCAUACUUAUCUGGGGUCUGUCCGCCUCGAUCUUCAUAUCUGACGCCUUCAGCUCAUGCAGGUAACGUCGGCCCAGCAACCCCGAACAGCAUUCACUUUUCCGGUGACUCUGGACUGCCUCCGCCAACGUCUUCUGCGCCUCCCCCCGUCCGUCGUGCCAAUGACGGCAGCAAAAUCUUCAUCUCUGGAUUACCAUAUUACCAAUCUGAGAGCGAACUGCGUGGCAUCCUCAAACGCUACGGCAGCGUUAUCUACCUCGAGAUCCACCCUGACAGCCGCAACCCGGGGAAGAACAAGGGCACAGCACGGGCACGAUAUAAAAGCCCCGCCGAAGCCCUCGUCGCCGUCCGCGACCUCGACGGUCGAUAUCUGUCUAACCGCAAGAUCAGCGUCAAACAGGAGAAAGACGAGCCUUCGAUGACCACGGCGAGCAAGGCGUCCAGCUCAGGGUCAUCCCGGAGUGCGAUGCAGGAGACAAAGAGUGGAAGCAGCUCGUCGAAGCAAAAGAAGAUCGGUGGAUGUGCUUCUAAGACCAGCAGUUCCAAGUCCAGAAGGAGUGUCACUGCAUCGGUCAAGGAAGCAGCGAGAGGACCGUCUCGGUCUAAUAGAGAUAGAACGGGAUACAGCAGCGGCUCGACAUCCCCACAAGGUCCCCUUGUCGUCAAUGGUGCACGACGUUCUUCGACUCGACGAGGUAGCUGGGGUGAGAAAUCCGCAGACGACAGUGAUGACAGCAGUGAUGAUACUGAAUGUAGUGACGAGGGUGCGACGCUGGUGGACGAUGAGGAAGAAGAGGAAGAGGACGACGACGACGACGACGACGACGACGACACAGAUGAUGGCGUGCGAAAGGUAUGUCCGUAUAUCACGCUGGUUCAUGUUAACAUUCCCGUUCAGCAGUAG